AUGCCUUUAUUCCUGCAGCCAGACUGAAGCACUUUAUCUCCUGCACCGAUUUUUUAAAUAGUUUUUCCUAAGAGGACACAGCAAAGACUUUUAUAAAUAACUGAAGUGCUGAUGUGGAAAACAUGCAACACAUCUCAAAGACGGCUUGUUGUUAUUCUUGAUGGAAUAACCUUAAAAGACCCUGGUUUGCAUUAGCCCCCUGCACAUGUGUUUGUAAUAAGACGCUGUGUGGUGUUUGCUUAGCUCAUUAUCCUGAACAAGCAAAUGAAACGCAUGAUGAUGAUGAUGCUGCUCGGGCCUAACGACAGUGAUGUGGUCAGAGUGGAAUCAGAGGGAGUGACUCGCGCAUGCGCAUCGCAGCCCGCGCGCCUGUGCCUGGAAAAACAACGGCAGGGAUCCUCGGCUGGGAGAGAAGUCAUCAGUCAUCUUUAAUGCAGGAAACAGACUCCAGACUGUCUAUGGUGCAAUUCUGUGAGCGGGGGAGAAGCAACAUCAGGGUUCCUGCUGCUCUGUGAGUGAACACGACUGCAUCGUCUUUCGAGAAUCCACAGGUUCCUGUUCUUCAUCAUCAUCUUCAUCAUCUCGCCUCUCGUGUGUCUGUGAGUUUGUGUGUGUGUGUUUGUGUGUGUGUGUGUGCGCGCGCAUGGACCCGAACUGAAUGACAGCACCUGUGGGCGAAGGAGCUGUUGCAUCACCACGGACUUGUUUAUUUCACCGAGUGGAGGGAACAAUGGAGUUUAGUUGUUUCUCGGUGGAUGAUGAAAUGCGAGCCGGGUGCUGGUCGGAGGACUGAAAUUCACUGUUGCGUUAUUCUUUUUUUACACGUUCUACUUUGACAUCCCAGUUUUUUCGUUGUUUGGAUUUUCCCACCCGCGCGCAUCUGCCGAGGAGAGGCGCUGUCCGUGGUUCUGAAAUCAAAUCCUGAAAACUUCCACCAAAAGAACCAGAGAGCCCCAGAAAGGACCUGUGUGCACCAGCAGCUUAAUAUGGUAACUCAACCCAGAGUUCAGCUGAUCACUUCGGUACUUUUGCUUUUAGUUGUCCAACUAGGCCAACCAGUAUGUGUGGAUGUCCCCUCGGAGACAGAAGCUGUCCUGGGGAAAUCCAUGCUGUUGACCUGCAUCUUCUGUAUGAAGAGGGAGGAGGUCAAAUCAAAGACACAUGUGGAUUGGUACUUCAUGCCAACGAAUGAAAGAGACCUCCCAAAAACUCAUAUAUACAAGUAUGAUAAACACAUGCUAUCAGCACGGGACGGACCAUUUAAGGGCCGUCUUACCUGGAAUGGGAGCGUCGACUUUCAAGAGGUCUCCAUUCAAAUCCAUAAUGUCACCUUCAAUGACAGUGGUCUCUAUGAGUGCCACGUGAUGCGCGAGUUCAAGGACUUCACCCCCCCGUCGAACUUCAUGAAGAACAUCUCGCUGAAGGUGAAAGAGAAAGCCACUAACAACGCCGCGGCGCUCUACUCUGAGAUCAUGAUGUAUGUGCUGCUGGUGUGCCUGACCCUGUGGCUGCUGGUAGAAAUGGUCUACUGCUACAGGAAGAUCUCCAAAUCUGAUGAGCAGGCGGAGGACCCAGGGACAAACUACCUAGCCGUUCCCUCUGAGCAGAAAGACAAUGCGGCCAAUCCUGUUUCCGAAUAAAAGUCGGUUGUCAGUGACACGGUACUGACCAGCCGACCAACAGGCUCGACCCAGUCUGUGCCUGUAUGAAGGUGUCUUCACGCGCAGAAAGCCGUGGGAAUCAAACCCAACGACCUCCCCUGUGUAUCCGCUGUGUCUUGUGGAGAGCCAUUCAAAAGAUGUUCAAGUGCUCCGAAUUUUCACCACCUUUUCCUCUCACCUUUUAUUGUUCUUGUUUUCCCUCAUGUAGGGAUCAGAGACCAUAAACGCAGCAGUGUCAAAAAAAAAAAUGUCAUUGCCUGCACUUAAAAUCUGAAAAAAUACCAACCAUGCUUUAUUGAGAGUUACUACACAUUCUCUUAGUAGUGAGUGUUGCCUAUGUGAUUACAACCUAUGUAUAUAUAUAUAGAUACAAUCUGAGGCAAGAAUCUGUCCCACUGCUGUUAUACUGACUCUGUGUUGUUUCAUUGGUUCAUUUCCUUUUAUUACAAUUUUAUAGACCAUGCUGAGAGUUUUGGGUCACAGCUGUAUUUAUACCGGCCGAUAUCUUUUUACUGUCUUUUUAAGGAUGGAUUGCAUCGAUUUUAUACUGACUGGAUGUGCAUUUACCGUUUUGUGUACUGGAAACAUUUAUAAGUAGUAGAACCAUAUCAAGUCACACUAUUUCAUCUGAGUUCAGCUAGAGGUCUCUCCUAUACUCUCCUCCGUGGCAAAUCCUUAAUCCAUGUAACAUCCAAGUUACGUUCAGUGGGUCGACCGUUACUCCAAGCUGCACUCUCCUGGGCUUUGAGUGUUGCCCAUGUAGUAAUAUCGCUAUCGAGAAUCAGUGUGUGCCUAUUUCUAUAGUGUGAAAACUGUAGAACUGUAUAUAUGUAGUGAUUCAGUCAUUCAGUGCUGUUUGUUGUCUAUAACAGAUUCAACAUCUCCUGUGCGGGUGAGCUGCUUUUGAACUAUUAAACACAAUGCAUUCCAUCA